AUUAUUAAAAGAAAAUGUGGGGGUGGUGCCAUUUGCCAUAUAAAACAGAAAUUUAAGCAUUCGAAAUGUUGUUGAGGUGCCGUGUUUGACGCGACCUCCACUGGUCCCAUAUCUCCUUGAAUCACACCUCACAUAAAAAAUCUUCAAAAACAACAUUCACCAAAAAGGAAAAGCUCUCCAGCUGCCAUUUCUCCUCUAACACACUACUCCUUUUUCGUUUAGAAUUCUUCCUUCACACGCACACAAAGAAAUCCCUCAAAUCUACAAAUAGCACUGAAUCAGUAGAAAUGGAUUCUCUAUCAUCAGUUUCACCAGCAAUUGUUCUUCCUAACGGAAAACUUUUCCGCCAUCACCGGCGACGAAUCUCCAGUUUCUCUUCUAACGCCAAUUCAAAACCUUAUCCUCGAUACCGGAUUUCAAUUUUCAAUCACAAUAGUAGUGGUAGUGGUAGUAGUAGAAUGAGAAUUUGUUGCAAAUUGAGCAGUAAUAACGGAGAUAAAGAGAAAGAAGAUGAAGAAGUAGGAAGGUUUGAUGAAGUGGAGAGAGCGCUUCGUAUGGAUGGUACUAUUCCAGGGACGCCUAAUGAGUUUGUUGAGCAAGUGUCGUCUCGUGCUUAUGAUAUGCGGAGACAUCUUCAACAGAGUUUUGAUAGCAGCAGCUAUGAUG